AUGUCUCUCGAAGACCAAGCUGCUGCGAUGCCUCUCGGAGACCAAGCUGCCGCGGCAGCCACGCCCAAUGAGCGUAACCAGGUCCUCGGGUACUUUGCCUUUCCUGCCGAGAUCCAAGUACAAAUCGGAAGCGACGACGACCUGACCGAUCGAGAUAUCCUACGCCUCAGCCUCACCUGUCGGGAGCUUUACGUCAAUCUCAACCCAUGCCUCUACAAGAAAGAAGGCCCGACGAUGAACAGGGCUCUCUGUGUUGGAGCGAUCCAAGGCGACAUAGGUCUUCUAGCACGUGCCCUAUCUGCCACCGACAACCGCUAUGUGAAUGAUCAUAUGCCGGAAUACAUGGCCAAGGCGUGGCUUUCCACAUACAGCGAAUAUGCUGGGCUUACGGCUGUAGCUGUCGCUGCCAAGUAUAACCAGGCUGAAGCUGUCCAGUACCUACUUGCACACGGAGCGGAUCCGAACAAGCGCGCUGCACACGGACCCUACUCGAACAUUCCUGGUCGUCGUCUCUAUCCCAUCCACUGGGCUUUGCGUAUAGGCCUUCGUCCGUUCUCGGUGUCGAGGUGCAUCGAGAUUGUCAAAACUCUGCUUGAUCAUGGCGCGGAUCCCAACCAACUGACCGUCAUCUACGAGAACGACCGCUAUUACGGCAAUGCACCCGAGGUUGAGACGCCACUGUUGCAGGCAAUUGGUCCUAAAUUCCCCGUACGGGUCGCCCAGUUACUCCUAGACCGAGGUGCCAACCCGAACGCAUCGGCGCAUACCGGCAGGCCGUUGCAAAUCCUAGUCGGACAAGCUGGAUGGGGAUCGAACGGGGAUUACCAAGACUGCAUGGAGAAAUUAAAUCUUCUCCUGGAUCUCAACACCAACCUGCAAGCCAGCGCAUUUGGCCUAUAUGAUAUGCUUCUCGACCGGAAAGCUUGGAUGAUGAUUGCGAUGGCACGCGACAUGGUAACAAUCCUGUUUCAGCGGAAGUUGAGACCCCAACUAUCACAAAUCACUCCGAUUGAUGAUCGUUUCAUUUCGUCCAUAGCCAAAGGUAUGAACCCAGUCUACGGCCGAGACGAAGGCGGGUGUGAGCGCGCAACCGCCUGUGCCGACAUUACGAUCAUGCUUCUGGACCAGCUCUCUGAGCUGGGUAAUUCGGAACCAGAACGCAAUGGACAAAAGGUCAUCGAGGAAGUCGUAAAGUAUCGAUGCAGGGAGACAGACGCAGCGAUUUCAGUGAAAAUGGACGAGAUCAUCAAGCUUCUCGAGGCACACGGUGCGGAUCCGACGCUUACCCCCGAGGAAGUACAUGUAGAGUGGGGAAAUCUAGAUGAGUGGCCUUGA